AAUCCCAAGUACAGGAACCAGGGUGCUAAUGUUCGACUAUAAUGAGGUUGUUGAACUUGUGUGGCAAGGAACUAGUGCUCUCACUGCAGAGAAUCAUGGCAUGCACCUUCAUGGUUUUAGCUUCUUUGUGGUGGGUGUGGGGACAGGAAAUUUCAACAAUGUGACAGACCCAAAAUCCUACAAUUUGAUUGAUCCACCAGAAGUUAAUACCAUUGGUCUUCCUAAGGAUGGAUGGCUUGCCAUGAGAUUUGUAGCAAACAAUCCAGGGGUAUGGUUCAUGCAUUGUCAUCUUGAGAGGCACGCUAGCUGGGGUAUGCAUACUGUGCUCAUUGUGAGAGAUGGAGGUACCAUGCAAACCAGUAUGGUUCCACCUCCUAAAUACAUGCCCCCUAGUUCUUAAUGAAGACUAAGUAAA